CCAGGUCUGAUCCCAGGCAAACCAACACCCUCUCCCUCGAUGAACACUGCCAUAAUCACACCGACGGUCGAGAGCCAGAGAGCAACGGAAGAGUCCGUGCUGGCUCUGCUCAACAGCUGCGCCGACGUCUCGACUGUCCUGCUGGGCCGGCCUCUUCAUGCCAGUUAUCUGGCCAAGGGGCUGCGAGGCCUCAGCCGCGGGUACAUCACACUCGAUGCCUCCAAAAGCUGGCUGGUCUAUUGGGUCGUCCACUCUCAAGCCCUCCUCGGACUCAAAAUCACCCCUGAACUUGCAGAGCGUGUCAUCGAUACCCUGUCGCGGUGCCAGAAUGAAACCGGUGGUUUUGGCGGCGGGCCCGGACAAAUGUCGCAUCUGGCAAGCACCUAUGCCGCUGUAAACGCACUCGUGACUAUCGGCACCAAGGAGGCGUAUGAAGUCGUCAACAGGAGCACGCUCUAUCGGUGGAUGCUGAGCCUCAAGUGCAGCGAUGGCUCGUUCAGAAUGCACACCGAGGGCGAGAUCGACGUUCGUGGAAGUUACUGUGCCGUUGCGUGCGCCAAACUGCUCAACCUCCUUACGCCUGAAUUAGCUGAGAAUGUUGGAGAAUUUGUCGCCAAGUGUCAGUCAUAUGAAGGCGGGAUCAGCUCCUUGCCAGGGCUCGAAGCCCAUGGCGGUUACACAUUUUGUGGUACGGCAGCUCUCGAGAUCCUCAACAAAUCGCAUCUGCUGGAUAUUGAGCGCCUGAUGCGAUGGAUAACCUUCCGCCAGAUGGACAUCGAGGGCGGAUUCUCUGGUCGCACGAACAAACUCGUCGAUGGCUGCUAUUCGACGUGGCAGGGGGCUGUCUUUCCGCUCCUGGAGGUGAUCCACCAGCGGAAGCAUCUCAGUCAAGAUGACAAAAACAAGAUCGUUUCGUUGUUCAGUCGAGAGCGCCUCCAAGAGUAUAUUCUGAUUUGCUGUCAGGACGAGAGUGGCGGUCUCCGAGACAAACCUGAGAAAGGACCCGACUACUACCACACAUGCUACUGCCUAAACGGCCUUAGCGCCGCACAGCAUCAUUACCGCUGGAAUACCGAGUUGAACGACUUUGAAGUCCACGAAACAGCGGUCUGCGUCGUCGGCGACCGGUCCAACUUGCUGGAACCCACCCAUCCUGUCUAUGGCGUUCUUCUGGAGAAUGUGGCCAAAGCCAUUGAUUACUUCAAAGACGCGCCCAUCCCGACGAUGAACUAGCCCUCAAUCCGCGAAAGCACGGUCGAUUCCAGGAUUGACCGUUUCACCAUGCACUAUCAAAAAGCGGACGGAGUAACACGACAAAUGUAUUUCCACAACCAUGGCUUCGCACUGCGGUCGCAGUCUCUCCGCCAGACAAGCACACUUCUGAGGGCGGGUAGAGCACGA